AUCCGAGAGUGUACCUAAACCAUGCGGGUGUAAUCGUCUGAAGCAUAAAUACCGCCCGGCUUUCUCUGUGGUUUGUCUUCUCUCUAGACAGUACUUUCUGGUUUCAAAGCAAUUCGACUCCGAGCUUAUUGCAGUCUGUCAAAUUCUCAAUCACCUUUAAGCGAUUCUGCCUACAAGAUGCCGGCAGCCAGAUCCACUCUUGCGGCAACCCAUGAGUACAGUGCCUCCAUCUUCGAUGACUUCAAGUCGCACUGUGACGCCAAACGCGUCGAUACUAAGACUACGAUUUUGAAUUUGCUCCGCAACGCUUACGAGAACUUCCACGUCACCGAAGUGGACGCUAAAACCAUCGCACUCUUCGACUUUGCUGCUACUGAUCAGGCGCUACUAAACCUUGACUCAGAUGACGAGCAAUUCAAUGCCACGAGGCACUGGCGUGCUGUUGGUGAGGGCAUCGAGAAGAAAAUGCAUCCCGGUAAAGCAACGGACGAUUUCCGGUUCGCAAGGUUCCAGUACAUAUGGGAAGACAAAGAGUUCAUCGUAUACUACGCGACCUGGCAAGAGAUGCUCGCUUCACCCACCAAGAUUUUCUACAUCCUCCACCCGCGAUCCGAAUCGCAUAUCGCUGAUGGCCACUGUCAAGAAACAGAUGCCUUGAUUCUGGCUGCAGGAAAAUGGACUUCGCAGCUCCACGAAGAGAUUUUCGUUUUUGACAAUGGAUACUGGGACAAGUCGACGGAGCUCUGGAGGUCUGUUUCUGGUGCAUCUUGGAAUGAUGUGAUCCUCUCGCCAGCAAUGAAGCAAAAUCUCAUCGACGACGUACAAGGCUUCUUCGACAACCAAGAACUGUACGCUCAAUUUGCUGUACCCUGGAAGCGCGGUGUCAUCCUUCAUGGCGUUCCUGGCAACGGCAAGACCGUCUCGAUCAAGGCGCUCAUGGCCUCGCUAUACAACCGGCCCGAUCCCAUUCCAUCGCUUUACGUCAAGUCUUUCGAAACCAAUUGCCAGACGGAGCAGUACUCCAUCCGGCUGAUAUUCCAGCAAGCGCGAAGCAUGGCGCCCUGCCUACUCAUAUUCGAAGAUCUCGACUCGCUUGUCAACGACGACAUUCGCUCCUAUUUCCUGAACGAAGUCGAUGGGCUGGAGUCCAACGAUGGGAUCUUGAUGAUCGGGUCCACCAACCAUCUCGACAAGCUCGAUCCCGCUAUCUCAAAACGUCCCAGUCGAUUCGACAGGAAGUACCACUUUAAGAUACCUGGAGAGGGGGAGCGACGCGCAUACACGGAGUACUGGCGUAAGAAGCUCCUCAGGAACCAGACUGUAGACUUCCCAGAGGAGUUGUGCGAUAUCAUCGCAAAGCUAUCUGAAGGCUUCAGUUUUGCGUAUCUUAAAGAGCUCUUUGUCAUGGCGCUGCUGAGUCUGGUGAGAGGCUUCAAUGGUGAUGAAUCCGAGACGUUGGAUGCAAACGAGGUGGCGGAUCUGCCUCUUUCCAACGCAGCCGGUCCUGUCACCGGAAAAGAAGUGGAUACAGAGAUGAGCGACGGGCAGAAGGAAGAGGAUGUAUGCACUUGCAAGCCCAUCUGCGAGAAGUGCUCCAAGCCAGUCCCGAUCACUUCUAUCUCCAACCAAGAGACCGAAAGGCAAGACGAAGCCGAGGAGGCAAAGCAAGAAGUUCGGAAGAACAAGAUGGUCAUGCCAACCGUAGAAAUUCCGGAGACUCUCAAACGGAACCUGCUGCUGAUGGUCAUCAAGCAUCAAAUCGGCGUGCUACAUGCCGACAUGGACAACGACAAAGAUGAUGGGCCUGCGAGCGCGAAGACUAAGGUCAACAACGUGGUGAGUGCAGCAGAGAAGCGGAGGCGGACGGCGAGAUUGAGGCCUGCCGGGUCCUAAAGAGUCUUGACAGCCAUGAGAACUGCAUUCGAUAAUAGUACAGAAAUGAUACUGUGGAGGGAGGGUUGGUGUAGAGGCACUCAAAAGUGAUAUGGAAGUCGUUCGAACGGGGGCUUAGUGAGGUAAUGGCUCAGCCUUCUGAGUUCGAGAAGGCAUCUCUUGUACUAAACUGAAUUCGAUACUGUAAUACUCAAUUCUGCUGCUUCGAUUCAUCGAACGUCGAUGUCACGGUUAGUUCUCAUUCAACGUUGUCAGUGCUGCCAGUCAGAUGCUGAUGGGGUGUAACCAGUACCAGAACAAGUUUGAUGUGGGGCGGAAGGCGGUGGUUCGGCCGAGUCCAAUUGCAAAGUUCAAAUGUGCUACCUAUUAAGAUUUGAGGUGUUGACGGAGUUUCGGUGCUUUUGCAGCGGAUUGCUUCAAGUGUACCCACAGAAGUUCACGAAGGCCGG